AUCUCCUUCUCUAUAUUCCCCAUUUCUCUCCUUCUGAAAACCCUAAUUUUCUUUCCUCUUCAUCUCUAACCUCUGUGUUUGUCUCUCUGUUUUGUUCUACGAACAGAGAAUGAUAAGGUAAACUUCAAAUCCGCGUGAAUUUCACCUUGUAAUAACGGGAAAAAAGGAGGUCUCAGCUGAAAAAAAUGGCGACAAAUGCUUGCGAUGUGAACCAGCUAGAUUCCGCAGAUUCGCUUCUACCUCCACGGAAGCGAUUACUCGCCGGAUUCAAGAAACAGAACUCGAAAACCACCGGAAAUGGAUCUUCUUCUUCUCCGAGCCCUCCUCUUCCUUGUUUCGCUUCUUCCUCUUCUACUUCAUACUCAAACGGAUCCUCCUCUGCUUCAACAGAUGUGCAGACCCAUCUCGACAAUCUCUUGACUUGCCAGCUCAACGAUGACCAUAACCGAUCUCCUGAAGAGCUAGCUCAGGCGUCGAAAGCAACCGCUGCUUUAGCGAUUAAGGUCGCAAAGGCGGCGAGAGCCACCGCUAAUGAGAAAGCCAUCAUUGCUUCAAAGGCGGUAGCUGCGGCCAAGAGUGCUUUGGAACUGUUCGCUUCUUUUCCGGCGGCUGAGACGACGACAACGACGGUGAAGGAGAGGUCUCCGAGGAAGAGUAAGCAGAAGAAACACGUCCCGGUUCAGCUUCUGUAUUCGAAAGGUGUAGCGGACGAGGAGCUAGCGCGUAGGUUGAAUCGAGCUAUAGACAAUUCUCCUAGAGUCUUGACUGGUCACAGAAACAAGAAGCAGAAGAGCGUAGUGACUAGUAGUACUAUGUACGAUGGGAAUGAUGUUGCUGGUGUUGUGGAUUCAGACAGCUCGAAUGACGAGGAAGUAGACAGAACAAGAGUGAAUGGGAAGCUGGUCUUGAAGGAGAAAACAGGGGAAGAGAGUAGCUCAAUAUUGGGGAAAAGAAGAGGAAGAGUGAAGCUAAAGAAGCUACCUUUGAGCAUGUGUACCUCUAAAGAUCAAGAAAUUGAGAAUGUUGGCGUGGUCAGUAACCCGCUGGCUCAGCCGGAAGGUUCUAAUGGUGGUGGUGUGGCGGCUCAGGUCAGAUCAUAGCAGGGAAGUGUUUAGGACGAGGAUCUAAAAAGUCAUGAGAAUGUGUGAAGCAAAACAAAGUUGUACGUUCAUAUCAACUCUUUUACCUAAAAGAGGUAAGAGAGUGCAGCAGAAUUCAGGAGCAUUGCUAUUUUCAGUAGAGUCCCAAUGUUGUUUUAUUUUACUUCUUGUUUUGCUUUUUUUGGGUAAUGUGUCAUGAAUUUAUGUUACUUGUAUAUUUUGGAAUAAUAGAUACAUAGAUUUUUAUAUAUAUGUUAUUGUUGAAUCAUU